AUCCUGGACUAGUCUCGGCAUGUCUGCACCAGCUGUAUGAUUAAAUCACCUGGUACAGUGUGUUUUGAGUUGAACAUAGGGCUCAGUGCUGCUGACUCAGACGUGAGUAGGACUGUUGGGCCCUGAUAGGCUCCAGUGGACUAGUCAGGGCAUUUGUGCUGGUCUAGUCCUGACAUGUCUGAGCAGGAGUAUAAGAGGCUGCAGCUCUGCUCGCAGCUCCUUUCAAUGCACUUUACAGGCAUUUACUUGCACAGGAUGGACUCCUGUUCAUAGCCUCACACUGAUACUGAAACCAUCAGCUCCAUUAUGUCAGAUAAUCAGCUCAGCACCGGCACCUCUGACGACAACAAACUGGUCAGACCAAAGGUUGAAUUUCGUUCUUUGUUGCAACAUGCGGGAGCCACUAAAGAUGUUUUUACCAUGAAGGAGGUGAUGUUCUACCUGGGUCAGUACAUUAUCCAAAAGCAGCUGUAUGAUCAGAAGCAGCAGCACAUCGUCCACUGUGCCCAAGAUGCAUUGGGGCGGGUGCUGGGGGUCGACAGCUUCUCUGUUAAGGAGCCACGAGUUCUGUUUGCAAUGAUCACCAAGAAUCUGGUGGCUGUGGGGAGUGAAGAGUUACCACCCAACUUACAUGAACCUCAAAGCCACAUACGGACAGACAGGGCAGCAGAGGAAGCAGAUUCUGAAAGUCGCUCUUCAUCACCAGACAGGAGGAGAAGGAGACGGAGGAGCCACAGGAGCCCUGACCCAGGACCCUCGCACAGCAUGGAGGAGGAUGAAGAUGAACUCAAUUCAGGAGAGGAGGAAGAGGGAGAAGUGAGGAAGAGGAGGAGAUCUGAUAGCUACUCCCUGACGUUUGACGACAGCCUGUCCUGGUGCGUAAUCGGUGGACUAGGAAGUGGCCGGGACAGACACAGCAGCCAAUCAGAGUCGCACAGCUCAUCUGGGAGGUCAGAGGUCACCAUUGCAGCCUCAGACUCUGACAGUGACAACUUCAGUGUUGAGUUUGAGGUGGAGUCCAUUGAUUCUGACGACUACAAUGAAGACGAUGCCUCUUUGUCAGCAGACGAUCAGGUGUAUGAGGUCACCAUCUUUGAGGCAGAUGACGAGGACUCCUUUGAUGAAGACACAGAGAUCAGUGAAGCCGACUACUGGCGGUGUGCGAAGUGUGAGGAGGUGAACCCUCCUCUCCCCAGACACUGCCUGCGCUGCUGGACUCUGCGCCAGGAUUGGCUGCCUGAGGCGUCCAUCACCAACACAACGCUCUCUAAUCCUAAAGCCUUGCCCCCAAAACCAAGCCACCAAUCAGCAGCCAAAGAAACCACCGGUUCUGAUUUUGAGGAAAAUGAAGGCGUUGACGUUCCAGAUGGGAAAAGAGCAAAAACUCCUCCUCCAUCACAGUGUCUGUCUGACUGCGCCUUCUCCGCUCCCAACUCCCAGGAACUCCACUCGUCCUGCGAGCCUUCUUCCUCCUCUCAGGAGUCCCUGCCCUCCUCAUCCCUUGAUUCGCAGGAGCUUCUCCCGUCAUCCUCAGCGGUGGCUCCUGCUAGCGUCCCUGACUUGGAGCGCUCCGUGUCUGCAGAGUGGCGGCUACCAGACUCGUGUCUCGACCCCUGUCUCAUUUGUCAGUCCCGGCCAAAGAAUGGCUGCAUCGUCCACGGACGGACUGGACACCUGAUGUCCUGUUACGUCUGUGCCAGGAAGCUGAAGAAGAGAAAUAAGUUGUGUCCGGUGUGCAGACUGCCCAUCCAGUCUGUGGUCCUCACCUACCUCAGCUGAAACACAAGAGAAACUUAAACAAUUAAAGUUCACGUCAUUCAUGGCUCAAAGGCACAUGUUCGCACUUUGUUGUUCACGAUUCAUGUUCAGAAAGUAAAAGUCUAAUAACCAAAUGGAGCAGCGUGACGGUGCGUCUCAGUAGUUUCACUUCUCUGCUUGAAAAUUUAUGUCUUAUUUUUAACUAUAAAAUAACAGAUUGGCUCAAUAAAAAGUAAGUUGUUUUUGUAACAAACUGUCCUCAUUAUCAGCGAUAUAGUAAUCCAAAUGUGAAUCAGUACCAUCAGCCUAUUUAUGCUUUUUAUCAGUACGGCAGAUAUUAUGACCUAGAAGAUUGUAAAAAAAAUUAACAACCUUCACUCUCUGUUUUGCUUUAUCGUCUCAUCACUCACACAAAACCAAACACUCCACGUUGGACAGACUUGGAUCACAUCCAUCUCAGUUCUGUGUUAGGUAGGAGACGUAUGACCUCAGCUAAACAGAUCUUAUAACAGAGCGUGUUGUGACUUUAUUUGAAGGUUCUUUAUUUACUGGAAAUAAUUCAAUACUUUGAAGCAAAGCCUGCUGCAUGAAGUGAGAACAAAACAUGGGAGUUAAAAGUUAUUUAUUUAAACAAGGUUUAUUUUAUCUACAAAAGAAAUUCAAACUUCAAAGCUGUUUAACAUUUAGGUACAUGCUGGAGUUACCGUUAUUUAUUAACGGAAAUUAAUAUAGUUUGUAUGUUUAUCAAUUAAUUGCGCCACUAUUUUUGUGUUUUGAGUCUAUAUUUUUUGGACUUUGUUGUUUCCAGUAAAUCUAACAUUCAAAAUAAAGUUACACAACAAUUAUUUAUUAUAUUUAAGAUGCUCAAGUGUAUUUAAACAUAUUUUCUUAGAGCUCUUUGAAUAAUAAGAUGAAUCUAUUGAGAUGUAUAAUUUCUGCAGUGAAGUAAAUAAAGGCGACCUUCUAAUAA